CCUGAAGUAUGAAUACUACUACCCCCCCCCCCCCCCUUUAUGUAAUCAUUUAACGCUUUUUGUAAGCUUUAGGGAUUGGCUUACAAAAAGCGUGAAACGAUUACAUAAAUCGAAAGAGGGAUGAGAUAGACAGGAAAUUAACACAUUUCAGAGAAAUCAUUGCCAAAAAAAUUAUCAAAAAAAAGGGGGGGGGGGGAUAGUAAUAUCCAUACUUCAGGUGCCCGUGGGAAAUUCUAACUUCUCUCCGAUCAGCUUAGUUUUACGUACGGUACAUAUUACAGAAUUAAUAUUUGAAAUUCACCCACGGUUUAAAAAUAAAUGUCUUAUCCCACUACUUUAUAUAUAGUAUAAUCUGUGUGCUGUGUAAAGCUAAAUUAAGAGCAUAAUGCUGUACACGCCUUCGUUCAUUGUUAUGAAAAUCAUAAGAAUUUAUAGAAACAUGACGUCACAAUGCCUUUGGGGAAACACCUUUUGUGACGCACAUUGCUAUGAAUCCUUUACAUAGUAUACAAAGCAAGACCAGAAUAUAUUACCAAUUUUAUGGUGUAGAACGUGCUGGAUUUAGUCACCGUAUGCAUUUAAGUGAUUUAUAUGACAAUUAAGUUAUCCCCUGUGUCGGCAUUGCGUUAAAAGUAAAUAGACGUUUUAUUGGUUGAACAUGGCGGAUGAUGCCAAAGAACGGGUUGAUGAUCUGCCCUCAUGCCAGCGAGCUGACACUGUCCCUACCACACAGAGACAACCAGACAAAAUCUAUUUUCAGGAUUUACCCGAUGCUCUUAUUGUCACUAAUCUCGAUGAGUGUGUUUUCGAUGAUGUGAAUUGCAAGGCAGAGUUUGAGUCAUUAUUCAGAAAAUACAACGAGAGGGCAUCAUUUCUAUACCUCAGAUCUUUUCGACGUGCAAGAGUAAAUUUUUCCACACCAGAAAUGGCAGCCACAGCAAGGAUUCAUCUCCACGAAGUAGAAUUUCGUGGAAAGAGAGUCAAGUGUUAUUUUGCCCAGCCCAAAGAUGAGGAAGAUGAAAACAAAGACCCUCACUUACACCCCCCGCCCCUGGAAAAACAGUUCCUGAUCUCCCCACCAGCCUCACCCCCCAUAGGAUGGGAACAGACACACGAGGCAAAUCCAAUCAUUAACUAUGAUCUCAUCUCUGCUGUAGCAAACCUGGCUCCAGGCAUGUCACAUGAGCUUCACCCCCCAUCAGACAAACACCCAGCCAUAGUUGUCCAUAUAUGUGAAGAUCCACCAAUCAGACUUGGGGGAGAAAAACCCAAAAUCAUCCAAACGCGACGACCUGAUUCAGACCAGAGAGCAACGUGAUGAUGCAUUUCUUGUGAAAGUCCAUCGCUUCACCAUCUGUAUCUAAUUUAUUGUCAUUAUUUCUACAUGUAUGUUCUUCUACAUUUUGCAGCAUGAUUGAUUUUUCAUUUUGUUUUUAUUAAACUGUAUUAAAAAAAAAGAAUGGGUUUUAUUUUGCAUAUAUUACAGUAAAACACGCUUAUAAUGAACACGCUUAUAACAAAAUCACGCUUGUUGCAAAGUGAUAUCCAUUCCCUAUGAGAAGAAAAUAACAAAAGUUGUAUUUGAUAUAACGAAGUGCAGAAAAUUAUAGUGAAGUGUUUUUUCGCUGGCCCUGGAGGUUCACUAUAACCGUGUUUUACUGUGUAAGGUAUUCAACCCAUGAUGGCCUCAAAAUCUGACAAUUUCCAAAUUACUGAGAUAAGAUACAUUAAAGAAUCAAUGCAUUUUCUUAUUUGAGUUUAAUAUACGGGGGCAUGGAAUCCAGUCCACUUUGCAAACUGAGUUAUCCCCCUUGUUUUUAGAUUAGAAUUAAAAGUAAGAAUAGCAGUGACCUGACCUUUAUUAACAAAAGAGCUUUUGUGGAUAUUUAUCUUUACUACAUUUUUAUUGGUUAUGUUACAUUUAUAGACAUCAGUGCAAUGGUAAAAAUUUGAUUAAAGAAUAUCUGUGAUUCUGGUUAAUUUUGCUGUAGACAAUGUUUUGAGGGUCUAGAAAAUCAUGAAAAAAAAGUCGGAUGUUAAAUUGUCUUUUAGUGGUGAAACUAAUUUGCAGAUUUAAAGUACACAAAAAUCUACACAACAGUUUCCAAAUUGAUGGUAUCUACUUUGAAAGAGUCCAUCAGUAAAUCAUUAUACACAUAUUAUGUCCAGCUGAAUGAUACCAGACUUUUGAGUGAUCUACUGAUUCAGGCUGGAUACUGGGUGUACAGACAUAAACAGCACUCUGAAAUAUACAUGGCUGUUUACUUGUUAAAAGUCAGUGUCAUUGAACACAUAACUUAAAGUCAAGAAUUCAUCAUAUUGAUAUUUUUUGUUUUUAGAUCUUUUAUAUGAACUAGAUUUAAUCAUCAAAUGAGCUGAAUAUUGUGUUUCUAUCACAGAAUAACAUUGGGUAUGGAAUGUUUUAUUUCAAGUUUAACAAUCAGCUGUGUAUCUUGUAGUCUUCAAUGGGGAUGUGAUCCGGGGGCGGUGUGUGUGUCCAGCCUUAAUUGUUGACUGCACGGUCACUGGGGGUGGAUUGUUACAAUGUAAUUAUGGCCAGUAUAAUUAAACUAAUCAUUGUAGAAAGAAUAAACGUGGUGAAGACAA